AUGGUCAGAGUGAAGAAGCCACAUCACUACCGGCCCGGCACCGUGGCUCUGAGGGAGAUCCGGCGCUACCAGAAAUCCACCGAGCUGCUCAUCCGCAAACUGCCCUUCCAGCGCCUGGUGCGGGAAAUCGCUCAGGACUUCAAGACCGACCUGCGCUUCCAGAGCUCGGCCGUCAUGGCCCUGCAGGAGGCCAGUGAAGCUUACCUGGUGGGGCUCUUCGAGGACACCAACCUGUGCGCCAUCCACGCCAAGCGAGUCACCAUCAUGCCCAAGGACACCCAGCUGGCCCGCCGCAUCCGUGGGGAGCGCGCCUGA